CCCGGCUUCGGAACGGAAGACAGACGCAGGAGGAGCCCCCCACCGCCCCCCAAAAUCCACCUUGGCGCCAAAAAAGGCCAUCUUCAGCUCCAGAUCCGGCCUCUUUGGGGAAACUUUGGGGGCGCCGACCGCCUCCUUGGGGUUUUCCCUCUUCCCACCCGUCCCAAAAAUUGGAAUUGGGUCUGGGGGUGAGGGGAGCUGAGGUGUCCUCCCCUAAACAUGAUGUUUCGCGACCAGGUCGGGGUCCUGUCUGGGUGGUUCAAAGGCUGGAACGAAUGCGAGCAGACGGUUGCCCUGCUGUCGCUGCUGAAGAGGGUCAGCGGGACCCAGGCCCGGUUCCUGCAGAUCUGCCUGGAGCACUCGAUGGAGUCCUGUACAGAGCUCCACGUCCUCGAAGGGGAGGCCAAUAGUCCCGGAAUCAUUAACCAAUGGCAGCAGGAGUCGAAGGAUAAAGUGAUUUGCCUCCUGCUGUCCCACCUGCCCCUGCUGAAGCCGGGCAACUUGGAGGCCAAGGCGGAGUACAUGAAAUUGCUCCCCAUGGUGCUCGUCCACUCCAUCGAGCACAACCAACACGUGGAGCAGAGCCGCCAGCUACUGUCGUACGCCCUGAUCCACCCGGCCACCUCCCUGGAAGACCGCAGCGCCCUGGCCCUGUGGCUCAACCACUUGGAGGACCGGGCCGGGGCCCGCUCGGACCCGGCCUCCCACUCCCACCACCGUCGCCAUCACCAGAGGCCCAGCUCGGACGACCGGGCCGAGGGCUGGCGGGACUCGCGCGACUCGGGCAUCUGCCUCGGCUGGCAGGACAAGGGCCCGGCCCGCGACGAAGGCCGCGGCGGGGCCCUCUACCCUCCCUCGUCCGGGCCCGCCACCCUGGACGUCGGCACCGUUCUCCCAGGCCAGGCCCACCACAGCCCUUUGAAACGUUCUGUGUCCCUUACCCCACCCACGAACGGGCCCAACCAGCCUCUGGGCCACGGAUGGAUGUCUCAUGAGGAUUUACGAGGCAGAGGAUCUCAGUGCACCCCUCCCGAUCACGCCCCCCUGUCUCCACAAAGCAGUGUAGCCUCUUCGGGAAGUGGCGGGAGCGAACACGCAGAAGAGCAGACCCGCGGGCCUAACACAUUCCGAGAAGAAGGUAGUGGGAUGAAAGACGUCCCCGCGUGGUUGAAGAGUCUCCGCCUGCACAAGUACGCAGCUCUGUUCUCUCAGAUGACCUACGAGGAGAUGAUGGCGCUCACCGAAUGCCAGUUGGAGGCUCAGAAUGUCACCAAGGGGGCAAGACACAAAAUCGUCAUCAGCAUCCAAAAGCUCAAAGAGAGGCAGAACCUCCUCAAGACCCUAGAGAGGGACAUCCUAGACGGCGGGAACCUGCGCCUGGCCUUACAAGAGCUCCACCAGAUGAUCCUCACCCCCAUCAAAGCCUACGGCUGCCAGGGCCCCCCCGGUGACGCCCCCCGGCCCCGCCGGCCCCCCGACGGGAAGGAGCCCCCCCCCGCCGUCGUGGGGCUGAGCAGCUGCGAGGGAGAGACGGCGGCCAGCCCGCUGGCCGACGGGGACCUGCCCGGCCAGUUCACCAGGGUCAUGGGCAAAGUGUGUACCCAGCUCUUAGUCUCCAGACCCGAUGAGGAAAAUAUAAGCUCCUAUUUGCAGCUCAUAGACAAGUGUCUAAUUCAUGAGGCUUUUACGGAGACCCAAAAAAAGAGAUUGUUGUCAUGGAAACAGCAGGUGCAGAAGCUUUUUCGGUCCUUCCCUCGCAAAACCCUCCUCGACCUGUCAGGGUACCGGCAGCAAAGGAACCGGGGGUUCGGGCAGUCCAACUCUCUGCCAACGGCCGGCUCGGUGGGCAGCGGCGGACUGGGUCGACGGAAUCCCCGGCUGUUCCAGCUCCCCGCCCGGAACCUCCCGACUCCUCGCCUCGGCCUUCUCGGGGCCGGGGGCUUCGUCGCCGCCGCCCCGCGCCCCGCUGGACCCGGCGCCCCCGGCCUGAAGCAAGGAAGACAGAGCCUGUGGUUCGCCAACCCCGGGGGCAGCAGCAGCAUGCCCGCCCGCACCCACAGCUGCGUCCAGCGCACCCGCUCGCUGCCCGUCCACACCUCGUCGCCGCAAGCCGUGCUCAUGUUCCAGCCCCCAGAUUUCCAGGUUCCGGUGACGGAGCCGGACAUCAACAACAGAUUGGAAUCCUUGUGCCUCAGUAUGACCGAACACGCCCUCGGGGACGGAGUGGACCGCACUUCCACCAUCUAGAGGCGGCAGGACUGACCGUGGGCAUCGCCGGCUGGACGUCGGCCGCCCGAAAUCCCUCGCCUCCGGCCUCCCCCCGCCGCCCCCCAUCCUUC